CCAAAUGUAUCUUUUCAGGGCAAUUAUGUCGAAAUAUCGAUGGGCAAGCUGUUAUAAGAGUGAACGCUUUGCAAGGACACAAAAUCAAAAGAUGCUGACACUUUAUGACGAAUCUAGGUCAAGUAGCCGCCACGGCUAAAAAUAUACAUGAUGGUCCUUUUCAAAGCUCGGCUUCGUUUCCGGCUUGGCUUUAAAUGAUGUUUCUAUCUCACCCGGAAAAUUCCAAAUGUAUGCUUUCUGCAUGGGUAAUUAUGUCAACAUAUCGACGGGCAAGCUGUUAUAAGAGUGAAAGCUUUGCAAGGAAACGUCUAUAGUUGUUCGACACAACUUGUGCAGUUGGCAACGUUACUUUGUGAACCAUGGGGAACUGGUUUUCAACGGGACCCGAACCUUGGUGUCUGGAUCCAAGCAGUUUGGAGAGGUGGUACAUUACGAACAUUCUAGAAGGAACGCAGAAGUUUAAUUCCGACUGCAGUGAAGCAGUGGACAGACUCCUCGGUUCUCUCAACAUAAAAUGCGUCACUGCAGGUAAAAACCUGCUGGACACCCCAGACGUCAUAAAGGGUGGUUCACUCGGUAAAGGCACAAUGAUAGGCGGCCUGUCCGAAGUUGACCUGGUUGCCUACAUCAACCCCUCGCACUUGGCACCCAUCUGUUCUUCGUCGACGCAGGACUAUAGAACGCAACUCAAGGCAGUCAUCGACGAGCUGAAGAAAGCACUCGGUCGUCUGAAAAACGUAGGGAUAAGACGCAGCGACGCGUAUACGAUCAGCUUCGUCAUCGAAGUUACUGGACGACGGUUUCUGGAGGUCGAUCUCCUGCCUACAGCUGAAAACUUUCAUGGUUAUGGUCUAGGUCCGUCCGACAUUUAUAAGGAAAUGCUUCAACUCAGCGGCUACGACCGCGGAUUCUACUCGGCCUCGUUGGUGAAAUUCCAGUGGGACUUCGUGAAGAACCAGCCGGGCUACGUCAAGGAGCUGAUCAGCCUGGUCAAGUUCUGGGCAUGCACCUCCUUGCCCCGGGCUCUCCAGAAAUCCUACCCUCUGGAGCUGAUUACCAUCUACCGCUGGGAGAACGCCGGUAAGCCCGCGUACUUCAGCAAGGCCCAGGGACUGAAGGACAUCCUUAAAGCCAUGACUGCUCUCCAGGUUCUUCGUCACUUCUGGACCGACAUGUAUGACGCGGAUUUGGCGGAACAAGCCAUCACCAAACUUGGGCACAGAAACCCCAUUUUGUUGGACCCUGCCAAUCCGACCAACAACGCCUGCUGGGUUUACCAGAAAGGUGACGACAUUGAUGUGAUAGCAAAAGCCGCCGAGUCUUCUCUGCAGACCGUGCUCCUUCGUGACGUCAUCGUCUAUGCAAAUUGGUCGGGCCGAAUAACUUCUGAAUAGUUUCACUACAAAAAUGCUUAACAACAGCUGAAUUAUUCUAAAUGCCACCAAUUUUUGAGCGCUAUUUUUGUAUGAAGGCUACCUCCAAACAACCGAGUAAAAUCAAUUAUCAAAUGUAUUACAGCAAUAACAAUGUAUUUGGGUAAACUAUAGAGUGUCACUUUAUAUUUGGAUAAGUCAUCAGAUUUUCGACAUAUUUUAAUUGAAUUAUUAUAUUUUUGUAAAAUAGCAACAUUCGAAUGCCCAAUAGUCUGAUUGCCGUUCCCCGAUCCCCCGACGUUUCCCCGACGUUUAUUGAUAGAUCGUUGAUCGAGUAGACACCUCAUAAAAAACAGUACCAAUAUAUACGAUCCUUAAUUCCAAUAAGAAUUUUGAUAAUAAUUUGAUAGGGUAAUUUUUGGAUAAAUGCAAAUGACCCUGUUCGCGUUUUAAUACAGAGAUACCGGUCAGUAUGCAAGGCAUAGCAUUUUGUAAAUGCAAUAACAUUAUAUUUAAUUAAUUCCAUUUUGUCCAGGACUUUUAACAAAAUAUGGCAGGCAUUAUCUUUGUAUUAAAGUACAACCAUUUACACACGAAGACACCCGACCAUAACCGAGUGUCAGGAAAACGUCGGGAAAUUCAGAACCGAGCGGAAUUCCUUGUCUGGACUAGUUACUUGAUACCGUCGGCUAUAACCUCACACAUUUUGGCCAGAAUGGUUUGAAUCUUUAGGUCAAAAAGGAACCAGACUACAUAACCCUGACAGCUUGGCAGAAAAUUGGCGGGAAAGUUUACUAGGAAAACAAAUAUAACACAAAUUUCAGUUUGUAACAAAAAUGUUUGGAGUAGGAUUUGCGGCCGGUUGGCAAGCUUGAAAAGUAUUUGCAGUACUGAAAUAUGUGAAUAGGAAAAAAAGGCCUAUUUUUCAAAACUGAAUAUUCUUUUUUAUCCUAUCAAUCGGUCUAUGUAAAUGUCUUUUUUGUAACGUUUGAAUUCGCUUUUGAUUAGAUUGACGUGGCAUUAUUAGUCUUCAGAAACACAAUUUGUGUUAAUAGAAAUGUAUAUAAUAACGAAUAUUAUGUUUUCAUAAAGUACUGCAGCAAACCGCGACACGUUUAAGCCCAUGGACCACUUAAUCUAUUGCUGAAAACAAAUCAAUCUUUGUUUUUAAUCUUCAAAAG